AUGGAUCUGAACUAUACGACCAUCGAUGCCCGUGGGGACAUGCUUCUCGUGGUCGAGAGGGAUGGUGAUCAGAUGUAUACGCGUCUAACCCGGUUCAAUCCCACUCACCGCACAUCCCGGUCCGUUCCAAGCUACUUUCAGGGAAUCGUCGACACCAUCAGCAAAUUCCCUCGCCGGAGCAGUGCCCCCACCACACCAGAACACGAAGUGAUCAGCUCAAACCAUGGACAUCAAGCCGCGCAGUCCGUGCAAACCACAACCUCUAACAGUGACUUUCAGAACCGCCCCGUGCAGGCAAUGAUUCGAGUAUCUUCGGAUCGACUCGGCCAUGCCUCCCCCUACUUCCAGAAGAAACUGAACGACGAGCACAUGUUCAGAGAAGUGGAUGCUCUUCCCGCUCGAUUUGAUAACAUCAGUGCUAUUUUCAUCCUGCUCAAUGCCAUUCACGGUCGCGUCCCAAAUGUCCCACGCCACGUUACCCCGGACACAUUGUGCAUGAUUGCUCUCCUGACUGAGCUCUGGGGGUGCCACAAUAAUAUGAUGGCUUUCAGUGAAAUUUGGGUCAUUAACAUGUCCGAGUCAAUUCCUAAGACAUACGACAGUGAUGUGGCUGAGUGGAUUUACAUCGCCUGGGUGUUCCGUCACCGUAGUCUCUUCUGGUAUAUCACUCGUGUCGCCAUUCGAGGAAGUACCGGGGUGAUUCUGAAACAUGGACUGCCGAUUCCUGAUGGGGUGCUGAAACACAUUGAUAUGGCCCGCCAGAAACACGUCGAUGCCAUCGUCAUCUCGCUCUACCAGCGCAUGGAAUCCAUCCUUGAGGAAGGCGGCUGCUGUCAGGCCUGCGAUACGAUGAUCGUUGGCCAGUUGAUGACAGAGAUGAAGCCAAAAGACCUUUUCCCGCCGCCCCAGGCGCCGUAUGAGGGAUGGAGCAUCGACCGUCUCCUGCGAAUGCUUUCGGCCGUGCCGGAGCCUCAAUGCACGCGCUUGUUUCAUGCGUCCUUGGGCUGUCCCCGGGGCCCCUGUGAAUUGUUUCCGGCGACUCGUACUCUCAUAAAGCUGGUGGAUGUAGAAGCAAUCGGCCUGGACUUCGACUGGGUGGUUGAUAAUAUUUGA